AUGGUGGACAGACCUCGGAGUCCAGCGAAGGUCGGGACCGGGCCAGCGACAAGAUCUCAAGCGCCGCAGAUUUCAAGCAUAGCAUCGCCACCUGGCUCGAAAACACCGCCCAGCAUGCCGUCUAAGCGCACAAUGUACUUCCCAGAUAAUACAAACCCCAGCAGCCGCCCACGACAGGAGGGAGCAGAGCCGGUCGACCCAACUGCGCUGGCGAAAGCAUUGAAGGAUUAUGAGACUGCCGGGAGUCGACGGGAUAGGACACCGGUUUCCAGUCCAUGUCGCAAGAGACAGCGGGUUUAUGGCGACAGAUUCAUUCCUAAUCGCGAUGGUCAAGACCUUCAAGCGACUUAUAACCUGCUGCAUGAAGAUGGGUGCCCGUCUACACCGUCCAAAUUGAAGAAACGCCCCCCUCACUCAGAGCUGCACUUUCAAAAAACCGAGGAAGCCAACCGUACAUUUUCUCGAGUCUUGCGCAGCGAGUUGUUCGGGAAUACGGUCCCACAGGCCGACUUGAACUCAGCACCAUCUGACCCCUUGCUCGGUUUCAGCCACGGAAUCAAUGACAAGACUCGGUCCCGAACACCCCCCGGUCUUAUUUCGGCCAAUCUCCCCCCCGCCAGCAUUACGCCCACGACUCCCCACAAGAACCUCUUUAACUAUGGGCCGCGAUCUGGAUCCGGACACCCCACUCCUUCCAAAACCCCUCGAAGUACGCAUGGACCUAACUUGGACGUGCGAUCCGAGCUCUACAGCCUCUCUCCCAUUCGAUAUGACAGCCAGCGUAUUCUCGAAACACCUCGCAAACAGGCACGAUAUGUAAACAAGGUCCCCUACAAGGUCUUGGAUGCGCCGGAUCUUCAAGAUGAUUUCUAUUUGAACCUGGUAGAUUGGGGCAGCAGCAAUGUUCUUGGAGUUGGAUUGGCCAAUUCGGUCUACAUGUGGAACUCCCACACUGGUGGAGUUACGAGGUUGUGCGAAUUGAAGGAUGAUACCGUGACGAGCGUGAGCUGGAUUCAAAGAGGUACGCAUCUCGCAAUUGGCACUAGUAAAGGCCUAGUACAAAUCUGGGAUGCCGAGCAUUGUCGGCGACUACGAACAAUGAUUGGACAUACCAACCGAGUGGGUGCUUUGGCGUGGAACGAUCAUAUUCUUACAUCUGGAUCGCGAGACCGCCUCAUUUAUCACCGCGAUGUGCGCUCUCCUGACCAGUACAUUCGGAAGCUUUCUGGCCACAAACAGGAAGUAUGUGGUUUGAAAUGGAAUACGGAAGAUGGGCAAUUAGCAUCUGGCGGUAACGACAACAAGUUGAUGGUCUGGGAUAAGCUUAGUGAGACACCUCUCUAUCGUUUCUCCGACCACAAUGCCGCAGUCAAAGCUAUCGCAUGGUCUCCUCACCAACGCCAUCUCCUCGCUUCUGGUGGCGGUACCGCUGACCGCACGAUUAAGUUCUGGAACACACAAACUGGCACUAUGAUCAAAGAGGUCGAUACUGGCAGCCAGGUCUGCAAUCUCUCUUGGGCCAAAAACUCGGACGAGAUCAUCAGCACACACGGCUACAGUCAGAAUCAAAUCGUCAUUUGGAAAUACCCUCGGAUGGAACAAAUCGUUUCACUCACAGGCCACACUUUCCGUGUUCUUUAUCUCGCCAUGAGCCCUGACGGCCAGACGGUCGUUACUGGAGCAGGCGAUGAAACACUCAGGUUCUGGAAAAUCUUUGACAGACGAGCAACAAGAGGCACUCGUCGCGAAGGGAGCAAACUGGCUGAAUGGGGCACCAUCAGGUAG